AUGGAGCGCGGCGACCACACACCCUUCGGUCGACGCCCGCUCCUCCGCUCUAGUCGCGUCCCGCGGGAAAGGAAGAAAAGUGCCCACAGCCCCCCAGAGGCAGCGGCCGAACCUAAUCUGGGCGGCCCCUUCGGCGAUGAAGCAGCUCCGCCGGCAGCCGCCUUGACUGUGAGAUCUCCCGCAGGCGGCCGCCGCUACAGAUGCGGCCGCCGCCGCCGCUGCUGCUGCCGCCUCCGAGAACCCGGGCCCCGGCUCAUGAAGUGGGCACCGUGCGGAGAGAGCAGCGAGGCGGUGAGACAAGAAAUAAAGAUAAAGAAAAACGGGAAAGAAGAAAAAGGAAGCGCUGGGUGGCAGAGAAGACAGUGCCUUCCCCCUCUGGGGAUGACAGCCCACCAGAGCCCCCUCCCCUUCUCUUCCCUUUCCUCCCGCCCUCCAACCCUAAGCCUCAAGUCAGGCACAAACGAUAGCCACCGCCGCCCGCUGCCGCUGCUGCUGCAGCCUCCACCGCCACCGCCGCCGCCUCAGCAGCUGCAGCAGGGACAUCCACCCCGCGCGCCUGCCCCGCGCAGACUGAACUGGCCGCGCGGGCGCCCAGGCUCCCCUCCUCCCAAACCCUCCCCCGCCCCCCAGCCGCUGGCUCCACAGAGCAUGCCCAGUAUUGCAGCCGCCGCCGCCGCCGCCGCCGCCGUCUCCCCUGGUCGGGAUCCUGGCGCCUCGCCGUGCACUGCUGGAAAACUUUGCCUGCCCUGGGAUGUGCCUUCUCUGAUGGCUCUUCACUAUCUCUGCCUCUGAACUCAAAGCCUGCUCUCUUGAUUGAUGACUUCUCCUUUCUAACCCAUCAUUUUAGGCAAGCACCAGGCAUGUUUCACCUCACUCCUUAUCCAGGCCAACUCCAUAGACUAGCCAACUGCCUUUCUGACCCUGAUUUACCUUUUCCUUCCCUUACCACCCCGAAUACACAGUUCUGGAACUCCUUCAGUUUUGCUAAAGGAAGUGUGUAAUGACACAAUUUUUAGGACCAAAUAUGUUCCCUGGUUCUCUCUCUUUUAUGUGCUGCUCUGACACCCAACACCAUUAAAAAGUAAGGUCCUCCAGGGCAAGGAA